CGAUUGAAAAUCCGUUUAAAUACUCUCCUUCGUUAUCGCUCGCAAGUAGUAUUUUUAUUAACUUGUCGCGCGCUCCAACAAUCCAUUCAUCGCCCCAGUUCAAUUUUUCGACAGAUCAGUUGGAUCAGAAUCUCUUCAAAUUACAUCAUCAGGUCUUGGUUUUCUACUAAAACAUCCUCUUAUCAUACAUCUCUAACUCUGAAAGGCAGCAUUUGAAAUAAAAAUGCACACUGCAAGUGAAAGAGGCCUUGGUGUAUCCAUGAUCGAGCACGGAUAUGGAAAAUCAGGAGUUAAAUUACUGUACAUAAACCGAGCGAAUGGGAUACAUUCCAUCCGCGAGUGUGAGGUGACGACCACUUUAAUCCUGAGCACGGUGCAGUCUUACUUAACGGGUGACAACGAUGGAAUUAUAGCAACGGACUCUCAGAAGAACACCGUUUACAUUUUGGCCAAGAAGCAUGGGAUCAAGGCAAUUGAAAAUUUUGCUCAAUUCCUUUGCCAACAUUUUCUAACAACAUACAAGCAGGUGGAGGAGGUACAAAUUGAAAUUAAGGACUACCCGUGGAAUCGAAUAUCCUCCGAGAACCAAGAACACAGUCAUGCCUUCAUAUUCACCCCGACGGCCACUCGAAAAUGUAAAGUUUCUCAAAAUAGACAAGGUGAAAUCCAUAUCGAGAGUGGAUUUGACGGUCUGCGUGUCUUGAAAACCACGAAAUCAGCAUUUUAUGGAUUUGUCCAUGAUGAAUUUACCUGUUUACCAGACGUUACGGAUAGAAUUUUCAGUACAGUGGUGUCAGCUUCAUGGAAGUGCAAACCCUCCGAUAAAAAUGACUACGAUAAAAUCUGGCAUUCAGCCCAGGCCUGUAUUUUGGAGAAGUUCGCUGGCCCACCAGCCGAGGGAAUUCCCUCACCUUCCGUUCAGUACACGUUGUAUAGAGCCGCUGAGUACAUACUAGAAAAGAAUCCUGAGGUUCUGGAGGUUCGGAUCGUCAUGCCCAACAAACAUUACUUCCCCUUCGACCUGUCAAAGUUUCCAGAGCACUUAGUUCAAAGUGAAGAAAACAGCGACGUGUUUCUUCCGGUUGAUAAACCCUCGGGCUCUAUCCAUGCCACUCUUCAAAGAUCAGCAAUAACUGCUAAAUUGUAGUCGCAGUUGCCCUCUAGGUAGAGGUCAAAUCCGUCAAAAGACAGAGAAGAAAUCCUGGUGAUGUGAGGGUGGAGCAUAACGCGUGGCUGUGACCUCUCUGAAGCCGUGAGACCACUACCUGCAUUAAGUGGUCCCUUGAGACAUUUAACCCCCGCACGGAAUGAGUUUUUCAAAGUUCCGAUAUCAGUGGCGUGGCGCGUUUUGCGAUAUAUGGAUUGAUCUGCGAUUGAAAACUAUCCGUAAAGGCCUAGAUACACACGGCGAUUAAUUGCCGCG